AUGAACGGAACACUCAAACCGAACGCCUAUUUUGGUGGAAUGGGAAUCGCUCCACUUCGGUUCAAUGCGAUAUUUUGCUUGGGUUUAAGCACGAUAGAAAUUAGGUUUUAAAGUCUAUUUUCGUUCACCCAAAACAGAGAACCAACGAGAGAGAGAGAGAGCACGUAUACGGCGUAUACGGUACCGAAAAUUUUCGUUUCUUCAAGCGGAGUGAAACCUGGGUGAACGUGGGGGUUUGGGAUCACUUAUAUACGACCUAAGGAAGCUUUUUAACGUGGUAUAAGGGGCGGAAGUCGUCGUUUUGAGAUUCGCCAUUUUUGAAGCUUCAAAGGUGCGGCUUAGUUACGGACUCGAAUUCGAACGUGUUUAAGCUUGUUCUUGGGUCAAGGGAGGUUAUAUUUGAGUGCAUGGGACCCUAAGGAUUGUUUUUGACGUAAGAAAACGAAGCUUUAACGUCCAAAACGAAAAUCCAAAAUUUUGGACUCCAUUAAAGACGGUACACCGCCAACGAAGAAGACAACCCCGAUCUGCCCUCUCGGACCACUUUUCUUGAUCGUUUUGAGGUCCCGAGCAUUGUGGAGAGCUUCCCCAAUCGAAAGGACGCUUCAAGAGCCAUCUGGAGACAAAGUUACACUUUACCGGCGACGAAUCCGACGAGAACUCCGGCGACACUCCGUUCAGGGGUUUCUGGAGGUUAUUUUUCGAUUUUCUUUCAGUUCUUGACUUGUGCUAGGUGUUCUUAGGCCUACUAUGAAGUUUGAUAAUUUUCUUGCAAUUAUUUGAUUUAUUAUGAAUUAUUUGGUUUAUUUGUUAAAUUAAUUAUGAAAAAUACUUAGAUUACUCAGAAAAAUCUAAAUAUAUUUUAUAUGAUUAGUUAUGAGAUAUAAACUAUUGCAAAAUUGGUAGAUUCGAAUUUCGGUUAAUUUUGUAUUUUUCAUGAAUUAUUUGUGUUAUUUAUUAAAUUAAUUAUGAAAAAUACUUAGGGUGCUCAGAAAAAUCUAGAUUUAUUUUAUAUGAUGGACUAUGAUAUAUAAAUGGUUAUAAAAUUGGUAGAUUGAAUUUUCAGGCGAUUAUGUAUUUUUCAUGAAUUAUUGAUGUUAUUUCUUAUUUUAAUUAUGAAAAAUACCUAGGUUGCUUAGAAAAUUUAAAGAAAAUUAUUUAUGACUUAUUACAGAUUAUAAAGUGUAUUAGAAGAGUUAGAUUCGGUUUUUAAUCAAUUUUGGUAUUUUUCAUGAAUUUACUUAAUUAAUGCUUAAGUUAAUUAUGAAAAAUAGAUAAGAGUUGUUAAAAUAGUAAAAUGUAUUUUUGUGAUACCAUUUACUGCCUAGGAUAUCAAAUGGAAUAGGUUUUAUUAUUUAUUGGUUGCUGUAGGUAUUUAUUAUAAUUAUUGGUGAUUAAUUAACUAUUUAUUUAGACUUUAAUAAGAAUAAAUAGUAUUUUAGUAAAUUUUACGUAAAAAUGUGUUGUAUGAAUUCAUGUUUUACGUUAAGAAUGUUUGUUUGAGUCCAUGCAAUAUGUUUGUGUGAAUCUAAAUAAUAAAUGCUUAUGUAUGGUGUGUCAUGCAAGUAAAAUGGACCUAUGUGUUACGUAUUUUUACGUAAGUUUCUGUAUGAGUUUAGAGAUUCAUACUUGAAUGUAUUUUGAGUGUAUUGCUGUGUUAAUGAAUGUCUAGGAUCUUGUUCUCAACAAGGAAAUUCGUUGAGGUGCUCGAGGUAGCAAGUGUGGUCUUAGCAACUGAGGAGUUUAGAAAUGCCUCCUAGAAGGUCAGUUAGAGUGGGUCGAGGUCGAGGUCGAGGUCGAGGCCAAGGCCAAGGCCGAGAUGAUGGAGGGAUCAAUGAACCACCUCAAGCACCACAGGGAUGGGAAGAGCGCAUUGCCGCACUGGAAGGAAUCAUUCAUAGGCAGGACGAAGAACUUCGUCAGCUGAGACGUCAACCGGAGCCGCCAGUCCAAAUCAGGCAAGAUGCAGAAAAUAGAGACCCACCAGCUGCAGUGGUAUAUCCUGCUACAGAGGCUAGACAUGAGUUGUUAGCAGAGAGAUUUCGAAAACAACACCCACCUGAGUUUGAGGGAGGCAUAGACCCGGUAGUGGCUGAGGAGUGGAUAAGUCGCAUAGAAAGCAUUUUGCAGAUGCUAAGGGUGGAUGGGAAUGACCGAGUGAAGUGUGCAUCUUACAUGCUGAGGAAAGAUGCUCGUAUCUGGUGGGAGGUGGUGGAACAAACAAAGGAUGUAGAUACCAUGAACUGGAACGAUUUCAAAAGGGUCUUUAAUGAGAAGUAUUAUAACUCAGCAGUUCUAGCAGCAAAGGUCGAUGAAUUUACUGGGUUAGUCCAAGGGAGUCUUACUGUGACUGAGUAUGCACAAAAAUUUGAUAGAUUGGCGAAAUUUUGUCCCAGAUCUGGUACCUACUGA